AGAAAAUUUUUGUAAUUUAGUAAAAGAAAAGAAAGAUGAAAAACUGAAGUUGAGGAAGUCGGAGAGGAGGAGGAGGAAGGUGAAGCGAGAGCUGUCGGCCGGCGGAAGGGGGCGGGCAAAAUCGAUUCCGACUGUCUGCCGAUCGCUCGACAUCAAGAAAAAUGUCGCACCUCGACGCCGCCGGCGGUGCCGCCGGCGCUGCGGCGGAGGCGGCGGCGGCGUCGUCGUCGCCUCUCCUCGGAGGCGGCGCCGGCGCGAAGUACAAGGCCGAUAAGCCCCUCCAUUACCACCACUACCACCACCACCACCACCACCGCUACCACCAUUCCCAUUCCCCCUUCCUCUCCAGGCUCGCCUUUUGGAGCUUCUUCGCCCUCGCCCUCUUCCUCGCCCUCUUCCUCCUCUCCCCCACCCCUAACCCUAACCCUAACCCUAACCCUAACCCUAGUACCGCUCCGGUGUCGUCGGCGGCGUGGGGAGGGGCGGCGUGGGAGAAGAGGGUGCGGGCGUCGGCGCGGGGGCGGCGGAGGCCGGGGGGGAUGGCGGUGCUGGUGACGGGGGCGGCGGGGUUCGUGGGGUCGCACGCGGCGGCGGCGCUCCGGCGCCGCGGGGACGGCGUGCUGGGGCUGGACUCGUUCAACGACUACUACGAGCCGUCGCUGAAGCGCGCGCGCGCGGCGCUGCUCCUCUCCCGCUCCGGCGUGUUCGUCGUCGACGGCGACCUCAACGACGGCCCGCUCCUCCGCAAGCUCCUCGACGUCGCCCCCUUCUCCCACGUCCUCCACCUCGCCGCCCAGGCCGGGGUCCGCCGCGCCCUCUCCGACCCCGGCUCCUACGUCGCCUCCAACGUCGCCGGCCUCGUCUCCCUCCUCGAAACCCUAAAGGACGCCGACCCUCCCCCCGCCCUCGUCUGGGCCUCCUCCUCCUCCGUCUACGGCCUCAACUCCCGCACCCCCUUCUCCGAAUCCGAUCGCACCGAUCGCCCCGCCUCCCUCUACGCCGCCACCAAGAAGGCCGGCGAGGAGAUCGCCCACGCCUACAACCACAUCUACGGCCUCUCCGUCACCGCCCUCUGCUUCUUCACCGUCAACGGCCCCUGUGGCCGCCCCGACAUGGCCUACUUCUCCUUCACCCGCGACAUCCUCCGUGGCCGCCCCAUUAACUUCUUCGAAGGCCCCAACCACGCCCCCGUUGCCCGCGACUUCACCUACGUCGACGACGUCGUCGCCGGCUGCCUCGCCGCGCUCGACACCGCCGCCCCCUCCUCCAAGAAGAGGCGCGGCCCCGGCCCCCCCGUCCGGGUCUACAAUCUCGGCAACACCCGCCCCGUCCCCGUCGCCGACCUCGUCACCGCGCUCGAGAAGCUGCUCAAGGUCAAGGCCCUGCGGAAGGUGGUCAAGAUGCCGCGCAACGGCGACGUGCCCUUCACGCACGCCAACAUCACCCUCGCGCAGAGGGACCUCGGAUAUCGGCCCACCACCGACCUCCACGCGGGCCUCAAGCGCUUCGUCCGCUGGUACCUCGACUACUACGCCUCACCGAGUAACAAGGGAGGCAAUAAAGGCGGCAGCGGCAGCGGCAGCAGCAGCAGCAGCAGCAGCUAGCUGAUCGGCAGCGGAGGAUUCUGGUAUACUUUGACUCGCUGACGAUGAGAAGCUGGAUGAGCACUGCAAUCUCACUUGAUGACAAGUCGAAUUGUCGAGGUAUCUCUCUAUUACUUACUCCAUGUGGAAUGUAUUGUACAGUGUAUCCGAAAGGGUUAUUCACUUCCAUUUUGUAAUUUUGCUUUUUCUCCUUUUGUUUUCUCUUAAUUUUUGAGGUGUUUCAUUUCCUUGUACUCCGUUGAUUUCUGUACUCGUACUUUUGUUACUCACCAGUUGCUAUAUGCAACGGACCAUCAUUCAUCAGUAACAAACUAUUUGGAUAUAAUCUUUACUUCUGCAA